UAUGGUUGAAAGUUGACAACAGCGAAUUGAAAUGUGUUGAAAGUGACCCUUGAAAUAUUGGGGAUCUGCAUUGUGUCAUUGUAGCGUUGGUAGCAUCUUGACGUUUUAAACCCACGGGUAUCGUGAAAAUCCCAACCCUUUCAGAAAGAACAGAUCUCUCAAGUUUUGUCUUUCAUUCCAAUCAUGCGAGUACCAGCGCAUUUCAUAGCAUCCUUUACUCCCUACCCAUCCAGCUCCUCUCACAAAAAAGCCCUCCCACCCCCCAAAACACAAUGUCCCGACAAGUACGUAACCCAUCGACUCCCCACCGAGCUUUUACAAAGCAUCAUGACCCGCCUCGAUACACCCUCGUUAGCCUCCUCAGCUCAAGUCUGUAAAACAUGGAACACCCUCUUAAGAGAUAACAUUCUCUGGAAACGUCUCUGUAAUCAAAAGGAUUGGCAUCCAAUCUCGAAAACAAGGACAGAAAUGAUUAAAGAGGUUUCAUUGACACCUUGGAAACAUGUAUAUAAACAUAAUUUUUUGACGUGGGUGAAUUGGAUGAGGGGAGAUUGUCAGGUGAGGAGUGUUUUGGAUGUUGAGGGGAAUGGUAGGUUUGUUGUUUUGGUGUGUUGGGAUAUAAUGGGAAUCGUUACUUUUCCAUUGGCUUUCGUAGUCUUUUUGACGUUUUACGUAUUUCAGUUCAUUCAUGUGUUUUUUUUCUUGGUUUUGCUGUGUAGGGAGGAAUCUACCUAUGCAAUUUGAUGAUUCGUGGGUUGUCUCGGUCGUCUUGGGCGAGGACGGCAAAGUGUGGGAUAUGGAAACAGGCGAAUGCCAUUUCCGCCUCGUAGGGCACCAAGGAACCAUCUCAGCAGUAAAGUUUGAUCGGAAAUACGUCGUAACGGGCGGGAUUGACACGACACUGAAAAUCUGGGACACAUCGUCUGGAGAAUGCCUACGGACCCUCGUAGGACACCAAGGCGAGAUCGUUUCGGUACAAUACGAUGAUGAUGUUGUUGUAUCUGGAUCUGAGGACUGUGAUAUUCGGGUCUGGCGAAUGGGCACUGGAGCGUGUUUAUCGGUUCUUAGUGGACAUACUGGGGCAGUCUGUUGUCUCCAAUUUGAAAAAGAAGUGAUUGUAUCUGGGUCGGCAGAUCAUACCAUCAAAAUCUGGUCGUUAUUGACACCCACAACCCCCCGCACCCUAACCGGACACACAGGAUACGUCUAUUGCCUCCAAUUCAAUCACACACGAAUUUGUUCUGGCUCUGAAGACGCUUCUAUCAAAGUAUGGGAUAUGGCCUCUGGGGAGUGUCUUCAAACGCUUUUAGGACAUGAAAUGGGGGUGGUUUGUUUGCAAUUUGAUGAACGAAAGAUUGUAAGUGGGAGUUCGGAUAAGAGUGUCAAGGUGUGGGAUAUGAAGACGGGGUCAUGUCUCUACACUCUUAAACAACAUACUGAAACGGUCUGGAAUCUAAAAUUCACAUCGACGAAACUCAUCACGAGUUCAUUUGAUCGGUCGCUGCUAGUGUGGGAUUUUGCUGUCAUUGAUGAUGACGAUGAUAAAGAGGAGAACGAAGAAGAAAAAGAAUAAGACGCAUAGAACCGGAACCGUAUAAUUAGAACAUUUAAUCAAACACAAUAAUCAAGAAUGGAUGUAUUUUGAGCGAGAAAAUGAAAUAAUCACAUAAAAUUCAAAAAGAUAAAUGC